GAUAGGGUUAAACUUUAACCCCGCGCGUGCUGCAGGCGGAAGAGGUGUGUUUUUUUGCGGAAAACAAUCUUAGUAAACUUUCAUAAAGAGUUUUUAGUAAAAGAAGACUAAACUUGGAUCUAUGAAGUAGUUGGCCGGUUUUGGGCACUUCUUUCUGCAAUAAUAAACUUUCUUCCGAAACGAAGCCAAGAACUAAGCGAACGGGACAAUUUUAUACAAUUUCAAGAAGCCAAAACAUACGUCCUCCAGAAAGACUCACGCUUGAUCAGAAGUUUCAGCAGUAGUAUUUUGGCCGCAGAUAGUGGAGUCUGUCCUCUAUGGGGAACAGCAGCAGUGACCGGGGCGGUCAGGGGGAAAGGUCUCCCUCGUAUCGAGAUGGACAACAGGGAGGAAAAGAUGCACGGCCCAAAAUUCUGAUGGACAGCACCGAGGACGCAGACCUGUUCAACAGAGAAGACCAAAAGACUAAUUCUGAGAUGCAGGAAUUUUUUGAAUGGCAGCGAGACCUUGAGAGUUUAACCAAAGGAUCGACUCAGGCCAGACCGACGGUGUUCAGGUGGACAGGAGCAGCCAAAGACGUCUACGUGUCCGGCUCAUUCAACAACUGGGCCUCCAAAAUCCCACUAAAUAAAAGUCAGAACAAUUUUGUGGCUAUUGUGGAUCUCCCUGAGGGAGAGCACCAGUAUAAGUUUUGUGUAGACGGACAGUGGACUUUAGAUCCAACCGGGUCUGUAGUGACUUCUAAAACUGGGACAGUGAAUAAUAUGAUCCAGGUGAAGAGGACUGACUUUGAAGUGUUUGAUGCCUUACGACUUGAUUCUGAGGAUUCAGCCGAAGAAUUGUCCAGUUCUCCACCGGGUCCAUACCAUCAGGACUCUUACUCAAUCAAACCUGAAGACAAACUGAAACAUCCCCCUUAUUUACCUCCACACCUGCUGCAAGUGUUGCUCAACAAAGACACUGGCAUCUCUUGCGACCCAACACUGCUUCCAGAGCCAAACCAUGUGAUGCUCAAUCAUCUGUAUGCUCUGUCCAUAAAGGAUGGAGUCAUGGUUCUCAGUGCAACUCACCGCUACAAAAAGAAGUAUGUGACAACACUUCUCUACAAACCCAUUUAAAGCAGAAAUCAUAACUGCUGAUGUAAUGUAAUGUACACAACUACAUAAUUGAUAAUUUUUCAAUCUGUACAUUCCAAUUCAGUUGCUUUUGCACUCAUCAAUGUAGCUUAAAAAUAAUUUAAAAAAUACUUUUGGUUAUUUUUGUAUUGUAUUUUGUAUUGUAUUGUAGUACAAUAUCUACUGUUGCAAUUAUUUUUCUUUUGUAGUCUUGGCACCAAAACAUCAGCCACUUUUGUUACAAUAAUGAGGGAAUAACUAAAAAAAAUAAAUGGAAUGCAUGGAAUGCU